GGAUCACGGCGGCAGUGGUCGCGCGGGAUGUGCCUGCGCUGUUUGCUCUCUACGUGACGGCUCCUUUUGGCAUGGUCAAUGCAGGCACCGUUUAUCAACGUUGCCGGUGCGGCUGCGGGUUAAUUUGCGACCAUGCCGAUUUGCAACGUCAUGAAGCACGCUGCACUGGAGAAGCGAGGCCUCCAUCGGACAAGACGGUCAAGAGACGGAAGCAGUCUAAAGGAUUUGCUGAGGCCAGCAGGGACUUCAAGAAGGAGCUCGCGGAAGAUUUUGGAGACAAGCCUUUCAUUAUCCAAUGCCGCAACUGCACCACCAAGUGCAAUUUCAAGAAGCCCGAGAAGGAUGUCUCGUACCAGGAGGUUUUAGCAAGAUUUCAGGAACAUUUCAAAGCAGUGGAUUUUUUUGCCGCAGCGAAGGAGGCUCACGUGCUCAAACGGAAGACAGAAGAGCUUGCACAGCAGUUGCAGGAGGAGAGAGAAGAAGCAGCCAUCCGAACACAGGAGGCAAGCAAAAGCAUCGAAGUUGCCGCUACAAUCGAACACAAUUCCCACAUGCUGAUCAACACAAUCAACGAGCAAGCAGCUAUGAAUGAGGUUUUGGCCAAGGACAUUGUUCGCUUGAAGGGUGAGUUGAUCCAGACCCAGAGCGAGUCACAAUGCGUGAUUUGCCGGGAUUCAAAGAAAUCCGAGGCGUUUGUUCCUUGUGGACAUGUCUGUGUGUGCAGAGCAUGCUAUGAUCAUCUGGCACGAGUCAGCAGGGCCAAUUCUGUUGUUUGUCCCACCUGCUGCGAAGAAGUUCGCUUCACAAUGCGAGUUUAUCUUUGACGAAAAUGAAG